GUGACAUUGUUUUCCGCAAUUUCCAUCACAAAACUUUUUCUUACCUUUUUGUUUCUUUUUGCGUGUCCUGUUCAUCUUUUUAUAAAACUAUGGCCCGUUAUUUCAAGGAACAAGAUAUCGAUGAAUUUCGGGAAUGCUUCUACCUUUUCGCGAGGUCUGGUCAAAUCACAUCUCUAGAUGAGCUGACCGUUGUAAUGAGGUCCUUAGGAAUGAGUCCUACUAUACAGGAACUUACUGGUUAUUUAAAAGGCAAAGGCGGUAAAAUGUCAUUUGCAGAUUUCUUAGAGGUCAUGCAUAUCCAUUCCAGGGCGGAAAACCUACCCCAUGAAGUUGUUAAUGCGUUUAAAGCCGGUGACAAUGAUAAGAGGGGCGUUAUCCCAUCGAAGCAGCUACGUAACUUGUUGCAGAACUGGGGCGAAGGCCUCUCGUCUAGGGAGGUAGACAAUAUAUUUCGUGAAGCGAACGUCUCUAACAACGGUAUAGUUCGUUACGAAGAUUUUGUGAAGAUAGCCUGUGCACCCGUGCCGGAUUAUUACUGAAUAAUUUAUAAAUAUCCAUAAUACCGACAUGACUUAUUUUUUUUUUUUAUGCUAAAUGUGAAAAUUCAAUUAAAUCAAAUCAAUUUUGUAUUUAAGGAAGUGCUGCCACUGUAAAAAUACACAUGAAUGUUGCCAGUCUGUGGUCUAUCGAUUGAUAUUGUAAUAGAUUGUUAUUCCCGUAAUAAGCAGUUGAUUAUUGUAAUGAUAAGCACACUGAACAUGGCUUCAUGUUGGUAUUUCCUAUUAUUCGUAAUAGUACUAAAAUUGAACUUAUAUUUUUUAUUAAACAGGUAAAAAAUAAUAAUAGCUGUUCCUUGUAUAAUUCUCAGUACUUACAUUAAAGGGUGAAUUUUCAGAAACGCUUCAUUUCUAGAAUAGGAAAAAAAAAUCUAUGCUAGCUUAAGUCUGCUCUGGUUGGUCGUAUAAGAAAUACCAAAUCUCUUACACACUGUCAUGUUUAUGAAUAAAGCAAUAGAGGUCCUCCUCUUACAACCCGGGUUCCUUCAAACGAGGCGUGAAGAGGCAUCUUGCGGGCCGGCAAGGCGGGGGCGGCUAGUACAGAACAUUCUUCCCGACUGUACUGGCCGUCGUCGCGUUUGGACUCUACUACCACUUACCAUCAGGUGGAGUAGAGACAUUUGCCAUCUCGGGGUAUAUAAAAAAAAAAGGUAAGAACUUAUAAUCAUUUUUUAAAAAUAGAUUAUUGGCUAUGGUUAAUGUGUCACGUGA